ACAAUAAACACAAGAUUCUCCCCUUUGUGUCUCUGUUUUUUUCAACUAAUCUUAUUUAUACUAUCUAAUGAUCCACAACUAGAAAUAUGGAACAUGAUCAACUUCUGCUAUACCACAGUUACAAGAAAAGUUCUUUCUUUUCGACCUCUUCAUUCUUAUUCCCCACUUUUUAGGAUGAGGAAAUCCAGACCACCUAUCCCGAGAUGCCACGUGUAAGCUGUCUGCCAAGAUUUCUUUGAUACUUUUCACCAAGGGAUGGGUCCUUCAAUCCCCACCCUUUUAAUGCACUUUUUCCAGCCAACAAUGAAGGGAAAAAUAAACCCAAAGAAUGGAAGAGAAGCAGCCACAUACUCCUCAAAAAAUGUUGACUUGUACUAUCACCAUACAAUCUACAACAAUUAUCUCUAAAAUAUGUUCUUGUUACAUAAGCUGUACAAAAAAAAUAUAUAUGUGGUGUAAAUUGAAUCUCACUCCACAUCUUAGUAUGCAGAAAAGUUCCUCUUAUCCAUAGAUAUGAAUAUUAUAUGCUAUAUCCAUUUCUUGCAUGCAUUAUAUAGUGAGUGAUCAUAUCUAGACAUUAGCCCAUCAAUCAAAGCUUGGUUUCUCUCAUCAUCAACAACAACUGCCAUGGACCUUGUUUCUCCAAUCAGAGGCAGGAUUUCCACAUUCAAAAGGUGCAGCAGCACCUUUGAAUCUAGAAAGUCUAAUGCCUCAUUCUCUGUAGCAUGUUGCAUGCUGGGUCCAGCCCAAUACGAAGAAGGCCCGUCUGUCAGAACAGACUGGCGAGCCUUCCGUGCCAGGCUGGUGGCCCGGGAGCAAGCUCCACCCGUGGAGGAGCGGAGAGGAGACGACAAAUGGGCCCACGGCAUCUACGAGCCGGAGAGAGGCUGCCUGCUGAUCGCCACAAAGAAGCUGGACGGCGUCCACAUCUUCGAGCGGACGGUGAUCAUGCUGCUGUCGACGGGCCCUGAGGGCCCGACGACAGGGCUUAUACUGAACCGGCCGUCGCUGAUGUCGAUCAAGGAGAUGCAGCCUUUGGUGCCGGGCCCGGUGUUCUUCGGGGGCCCGGUGGAGGAGGAUGUGUUCCUGGUGAGCCCGCGCGGGGAGGGGGUGCUGGAGAAGGUGGUGGAGGGGGUGUACUACGGGACGAAGGGGAGCGUGGGGUGCGCGGCGGAGAUGGUGGAGAGGAAGGUGGUGGAGGCGGAGGAGCUCAGGUUCUUCCAUGGCUACUGCGCUUGGGAGAGGGAGCAGCUCAGCGAUGAGAUUCGGGCCGGGUAUUGGGCUGUCGCGGCCUGCAGUCCUAGUGUCAUUCAGCAGGCUACUGUUGGGCUUUGGGAGGAGAUUUCGGGCCUCAUGGGCCCGACCAAAGUUUGGUGAGUAAUGUUACAUGUAUAAUCGGUGAAGGUCAUUGUUGUAUAUAGGUGAUUAAUUACUUAUAUAUUUUGGUUUACACA